AGAAGACCAAAGCAAAGCAGAGCACAAGCACAAGCACAAACACAAACACAAACUCCGCAAGGGAAUUUUACUUUAAAAAUCUUCCCCCACCCCCAAACAAACCCUAUCAAUCUGUUUCCCCCAUCUCCGACACCACUCUCUCCCUCUCUCUCUCUCUCCUCACAUCUCCGGCAUGUCAACCAACCCAUCGGAGAGCUACACCGACGACUUCCUCGAGCAAAUCCUCGCCAUCCCUUCUUACGCCGCCGGCUUCCAUCAGCCGUUUAUUCCGUUGGGUUUGAGCUUAGACAACGGCCGAGACAGCGUUAAUGGUGGUGGAGCUUUUUCAGGGAAGAGUGAGAGAGAGUCUGUGAAUAUGGGGAGUCUGUUUCCUGUGUUUGAACAUUUGCAGCCUCACUCCGUUCGCCACUCAGCUCCUCAGGUUUUUCAUGGACAACCGACUCACAGCACAACAAUGACUUUGCCACAUCCACCUGCCAUCCGCCCAAGGGUGCGGGCUAGACGAGGUCAAGCCACAGAUCCCCACAGUAUCGCUGAGAGGCUGCGUAGAGAAAGAAUAGCAGAAAGAAUGAGGGCUUUGCAGGAACUUGUUCCCAGCUGUAACAAGACGGAUAGGGCUGCCAUGCUUGAUGAAAUUCUAGAUUAUGUGAAGUUCUUAAGGCUUCAAGUCAAGGUUCUAAGCAUGAGUAGGCUGGGUGGAGCCGGUGCUGUGGCCCAACUUGUGGCUGACAUCCCACUGUCAUCCAUCGAGGGGGACAACAGUGAAGGUGGAUGCAACCAGCAAGCCUGGGAUAAGUGGUCAGAUCAUGACAUAGAGCAAGAAGUAGCUAAGCUCAUGGAAGAAGAUGUUGGUGCUGCGAUGCAAUACCUUCGAUCUAAAGCACUUUGCAUCAUGCCCGUUUCACUUGCUGCACUAAUCUAUCCUACCCACCCGCCAGACGCCUCUGGAUCUGUUAAGCCCGAACCAAAUGGCCCUUCCUAGACCUCUAACCAAUUGCACGUGCCUACAAGAACUCCCUAUGGUCACCAAGUCCCACACUUAUCCAUAUCCCUACCUAUCAUCAUCACUCUUCAUAUAACCUUUCCUUGGCAUUAUGUGACAAUGCGAUCAGUGUCGGAUGCCAUAAUUUUGCUUUGCCCUCCCUUUUUUCGUCCUUGAAGUUUUGUCGACAGAAAAUGAAGGCACUUUUGUCGGUUAUCGCCACGGUCAAGGGAAGGGAGAGAUUUUCAAAGUUAUCUUCAUAUGCUGUACUACCCCUUUUUGUUGUGGUGUUGUGGAAACACUCUUUUGCUUGGUGGAUGGUGGGGCAUUGGAAUGGUACGGGUAAAUAUAUAUAAUGCGUUUUAAGAAAACAAAUUGGAAAAUGAUUUGGCAAGUCAUUUUCAGGAAUGACUUUUUGUUUUUUUUUUUUUAACCUUUUGGUGAGUGGGAUGAUUACUAAAAGAAACUUAAGCUUUUGUCACUCUGCACAAUGAUCAAAUGAUGAAUUGUUUAAGAGUGUGGAGAUCAUCAUGCCCCAUAAAACUUUAUGACAUUUCUGAAGUGUGGAUUGUGGAUA